UCUCCAGUCGGGUCUUCUUGCGCCCGACAGUAUAUGGGAUGCGUUAGUAUCAAUAUGCAUCCUAACAUCAAUCACAGCCAAUUUCGAAGAUGGUUGAUCCGGAGGAAGACCUCGAGUUGUCUCAACAGCCACAUGCUUCUGUGUAUCCCGAGACGUCUACGAGCGCCGAGUCCUCAGAGAGCACCAAGAUCAAUGCAAAAAAAGGCAAAGGAAAGAAGGACAAAGGUCAAUCGGUGCUUUCUCCAGCAAAGAAGAGAGACAGUACUAACAACGAUAUAGGAAAGUCAGUGCCUCGGCAAGACAGUCCUCAGGCUGUUGACCCUCGCAACUUUACCACUUUUCAACCGGACCAGGAUGACUGGUCGUGGACGAAUCUUCCCGAAAUCCUUUACCAAUUCGAGCCUGGAGACAGAAGAACUCGUAAAUCGGAACCCUCUCUCAUGAGCUACCCCAUCCAUGGCGAAUAUUUGCGUGACCUUCCCAUACUGCCUGACAAUAUAGCCUCGACAGUCGAGGAAUUCCGAGUGGAAGCUUGGAUUAGGCUCGAUAGACGUAUUCGUCUCAGAGAUAUCACUAAUCGUAUGCAUCCACUCUUCAGAAUUCAAGACAAUGCGUUGCAGCAGCGCAGCGUCCGCUUCCGUCAGCAGUUCUCGCUGAUUGCAUGGGACUCCGGUAACAAGCGUAGCCAGCAACUCAAACAAGAUAUACUUCGAAAGAUGCAGGAUAUCGGACUUCCUCCUAGUAUGAAUACGACUCGCGGUAUAACCCCCGGCUUGAUCAACCCAGCCCUUGGGGAAGAUGGUGGAAGGAUCCUGCUACCCAAUCAAUACAACAAGGGGAAGCGAGUAGCUCGAGGCAGAAAGCCCUCAAAGACGCCCGUGCAGGAAGAGGCAGACGCCCACCACGAAGACGUCGUCCAGGGAGAACACCAGAAAAAACAGCCGGUCGGCCUCUCAAACACCACUGAGGAAUGGGCGAGCGCUGGGAAGGCUGACACAUCAAAAGAGCCCCUGGCCCUAGUGGUACCUCCAGUGGAGUCUGUCUUGAUCGAUUUCCCAGUAGAUGAUCUCACAGUCGAAACUGUCGCAGAGCUUUUCAACUACGUUCCAUCAUAUAUUCCAUUCGAUGAAAGCAAUGACAGCCUAGAGAGACCUCUGCCUGUCAUCACAGGAUUGCUUUCGGAUAACGAACUACCGGAGACCGUUAGCAUGGAAGACAUCGACUUGACAGUGAGCGUCAAAAACCGCAUACCACGACAUAAUACUGAGAAGGCCUUGAGACCCAUCGUGCCAGGAAGAAUCCAGCGUAGGCGUCCUACCCCAUUGAAACUAACUAGAGGAGGGUUUUGCGGCAACGUUUGCCAUAUGGGGAAGUGUCCCACCCCCAUCUAUACCAACCUCACACUUGUGUCUGGCCCAACUGGCGCAGGUGUGCGGUGUGAAGGAUUACUCCCUCCCUCCCACGGGCUGUGUCCUGAUGUGUUGACUCCCUACUCCGCCUCCGAACUGCCAUUUGGUGUUCGCCACCUUGUCUUUGACAAUCUGUUCGAGCAAUGCCUCUCGGGGGACAGAUACCUCUUCGAUAUCCCAGCCAUGGCCGCCGAGGACAUGGAGAUGAUGGACAUUGGCGACAUCAAUGACAUUAACAUUGACGAUUAUGACGACUAUUUUCAAAAAUAGUUCCUCGGAUCAUGACAGGAGGAAUCGGAUAGAA